UAACACCCUUAGGUCUCGGGGUGAAGUCUUCGCUAUAUCAUCACCUCCUCUUCUGUUCCCUUUUAUUGAGUGCUGUUAUAACGAAAGCGGAUAUGUUACCUGCGCCCAGACCUCGCGUGGUUCAGAAUAUCCUUGUUCUUCUCUUUUUUCUCUUGUUCUAUGUCUGUCUCCGCAUCGCUGUUCUCGGAGGCCAGGAAGAAGACCCUUCGCUGCUGAGGUACGACGAAGCUUUCGUGUAUAGGGUUGAGAAGAAGCUGCCCUUGGACGCCUACGCCGAUGCCCGGGACGAAACGGCGCUUCCGAAGCAGCCGCCGCUCUGGGUCCUCACCCUCAGCUCCCUCCCUCGCAGCGGGUCCACGCUCAUGGCCCAGUUCCUCGGGACGCUGGCCAAUUCCGUCGUGUUCUUCGAGCCUAUGUGGAUUAAGGAGUACACCCCCUGCGCCGACGAUGAGGACUGCGUGGUGGACUACAUCUACAACAUUUUCAACUGCUCGUACAAACAGGACUUCGAGGACUGGUUUCGGAAGAAGGAUCUGUUCUUCGGGUACUUCCACUCGGACGUCAAGAGCUGCAAGGGCGCAGGUUGCAGAGACGCGCUCGACGUCCGCGGGAUGUGCGAGCGCUCGGACGCCAGGGUCAUGAAGAUCAUCCGCACGAGGCUGGCGUUCCUGGAGCCGCUGAUGAGCGACCCGGAAAUCAACUUCAAGGUCAUCUUCCUGACCCGAGACCCGCGCGGAUCCCUCAACAGCAUUCGGAAGUUCGGCUGGAACAGGGACCCGUUGACGCGCUGCUCUCACCUGGACAAAGACCAGGUUGCCUACGAUGAAUUAUCCGAACUCUACCCGGAUAAAGUGAUGCUCGUCAAGCACGAAGACUUCUGCCUCGACCCCAUGGGCAAGGCGGAGGAACUCAUGGAGUUCUUGUACGGCCACUCGACCGUCCCGGAGGAGCUCAAGACUUACCUCGCGAACCACAUGACCUCCAAAACGCAGAAGGGGACCAUGAGCACCGUCAAGAACAGCUCGCAGGAGUAUGACGCCUGGCGCUACAAGAUUCGCGAGGACGACCUCCUGAAGAUUGAAAGCGAGCCAAUCUGCGCGCGCACCAUCGAGAGCAUGGGCCACGUGCUCUUCGGCUCCAUCCAGAGGGCCAACGACUCGUCCGUCCCGCUCUUCGUGCAGUGAGGCUCGGCUCUGUGUCGGUGGUCUUCCGCGGAGAGAAAGCGCGUGGGUUGUGGUCCUAGUGGCUCGUUAAAGUGCUAAAGAUGAAAUGAAAGCGAUAAUAAUGAUAACUACGAACUAAUAACAGCAAAAUGGAACAAUAUGAUACUACGACCACUGCUAUUAUUAUGAAACUACUGCUAUUUCUACCGUGAUUGCUGUCAAUCUGCAUUCUCUACAAAGUUGGCUAGCUGACAGUGAGUGAUGUACGGAGCAAAGGGAUCGAUCAAUAUCUGACCUCUGUAGUUGAGACGUGUAAAGCAAUUAGAGAAGGCAAAGGGGUAUGAAGGGAAGGAAGAUUAACUUUGGAAGAAUUCUUAAAAAAAAAAUAAAUAAAUAAAAUAAAAUAAAUAAAUAGGAAGAAGCUGAAGAAGAUACUUAAAGGUAAGAAGAAAGAAGCAAUACCUGUGUUUACAGUGGCUCACUGCCUCUCAGCUGAUUUUUGUAAACAAGCCAGUGGCCAGUACAAACGUGACUACAUCGUAAAUAAAGCGACACUGCUGAAUUGCAACGAGCGAAUUUUCAAAACAUUCAUUAGGUACUGAACGCAUUUCUGUACCAAUACAUCUGAGAGUGUCCCAAAACAUUUGCAACAUUCAUCGUAGCGACAAAAAAAAACAAAAAAAAACGCUUUCAUGUACUCACUUCAUCUUCAUAAAUAGAUUCCAAAAUUUGUAUUUUUUGAGUGGAAGGGUUGAUUAGUGUAGAGGAGCAACGUACACCGAAGACUUAGUAUCAGACCAAUAGGACUGAUUUUGAGAACGUAGACCUUUUCCGAAGCGCCGUUGCCAGUCCAUUGCAUGUCACUGUCCUGUUGUAAAUUACCAGUCUUGAAUCAGAGAAAUCCUGACACUCCAUGAGAUUCAAACUUUCAAUAAAAGUAAAUAACUUCCGUCCUUAUGGUCAUAUUUCUCUUCUUUUUUUUUAAUUUAAAGAUUGGCAAAAUUUGACAAAAUAUUAUAAAGUGUAGGAUAACUAUAAGGGACCUCGUGAAGCUAAAAUUAUAUUUUGUUGUUUUCUUAUAUGUUUAUUUUUUUACGCCAUCAUGUAUUUUUGAGAUGCUUAUGAAAUUCUUUUGUGUAGUUCUGAAGUUAUGUCUUGAAGACAUCACUUCAUUGUUAUAUGAUCGAACAAACGCACGCACGCGCGCGCACACACACACACACACACACACACACACACACACACACACACACACACACACACACACACACACACACACACUCCUACACGCACACACAUUCAGACUAGGUUUUUUUUUUUUUCUUUUUUUUUUUUUCUUUUUUGCAAAGACAGUUGUUACUUUCAUCUGGUUUGUAAACAUCAUGCAGAGGUCGUAGUAGAUAACUAAAUGCACUUAUUGGUAAAAACUUACCAUAGUGCACACAUCGUUAAAAAGAAAAAUGAUAUUCUAUGAUACUGUUCUGGUUUGUUGUAGUUGCCUUGCCAGAAUAUGCAAGUCAUUCGAUCUUAUGUCUUUUCAUAAUGAUAAUUACUUAAGAGUUACUGUGAUUUGACUUGUAAUAUUUAGCAUAUGGCAACUUAAUUUCCUUUUUUUUCUUUCUAAACAAUUUGUUUAAUGAAAAAUGUCUACAAGUGGUUUUAUUUACUUUGAACUAUGUGUUGUGACUCCCUUCUUCGGGUUUGAAGGAGAGAGUCGUGUCAACGUAAGAUUAAGAUCACUUUGGUGGCUAGUACCAGUAUAAAUAUAAUGUUCAGUGUAAACUUUCAUCGUAUUUUGUAUAUAUAUAUAUAUAUUGUUUGUUUAUGUUGUAUGUAAAACUACACUUUUUAUUUAUGCUUUAUGUAAUAUUGUCAUAAGUAAAAUGUUUUUUUUGUA